AUGACAUCUCCCAAUCCCAUUGUCCUCUCACCAUCAACCCCCUCCGAGCUCCUCCAGUACAUCCUCUCCCACCACAGAUACCCAACCACAAUCCUCAUCGGAUGGCCCAAAGAGACAUUCAUCCAAGGCCUCGUCGAAGACAUCACAAUCCAGCAUCUCUCCGCGCACAGCGAAGCAGCCGCGCAAAACCAACAAGACGAAGAAACAGAGGCAACCAACAAACCACCCGCUCUUCACCCCCUCGAGCGUAAAACCCUCCUUCAAACCGCCGUCUCGCGCCACAUUCGUCUGUUAUUCGUCCCCAGCACGACGCACCUCCGUGCCUACCUCGGCACAUUCUCCGCCUCAGACUCCCAGAUCCCGCCUCCUCCAUCUUCAGAUCUGGACGAUUCCGAUCCAAGACGCCCUACAGGCACACCGUUGUUGCUCGCAUAUGGCUUUCUCGAGCUUCACCGCGACGGAACCGAGUGGUCUGCCCAGGGCAUCGGCACUUCGGCUGCGUACUUUAUAGAGGCAGCAGCCAGGAAUUCCUUCAGGGCCGCCAUUGUUGAGCCUAGGGGAACAAAAGGGCUUGCGACUUUGAAUGAAUUUUUGGACGAAAAGGUGCCCAUCCUAAGUGGCACAGGCGUCAAUAUUGACGGCAAAUGGAGUGGACGGACGGUUCCCAUUAGAGCGGUGCUGAGUCGCUGGUUCGAAUUUGAACGACAAGCUGAGAACCAAAAGGCAAGAAUAUCUUGA